GAUUUCAGUUGUAUGUUUCUAAUUGAAUCAAAAGAAAAGAAGUCACCAAGCAAGGCUUCCUGUAGAAAUCUCCAAACUUUCCUGACACUCCAUGAGAAGGAAUUCACUCUCUUAACUUAAAAGAAAAUGUCUACAUCUAACAUUGCAGCAAGAGUGGAAACUUGGCUUUCAUCGACGUGGCAUGUUAAAGUUCCUUUGACAUGGCUGGAAGCAUGUAUUAGCUGGAUCCAGGAAGAAAAUAGUGGUAGUAACUUAAGUCAAGCUCAGAUUAAUAGGCAGGUAUUUGAGCAAUGGCUUCUUACGGAUCUAAGAGAUUUGGAAUAUCCCAUUUUGCCUGACUGCAUCUUAGAUGCUCCCAAAGGAGAGUUGUCAGGCUUCUACGCCAUACAGAUUGAUUCAAUGGUUGAUGUUAGCCAGCCAGCAUAUUCCCAGCUGCAGAAGCUAAGAGGGAAAAAUACCAUAAAUGAAGAAGUAACAGCCAGUACUCAGGCAUCCCAGAAGCCCUGGGAAGCAAAGCCUACUCGAAUGCUGAUGCUGCAACUGACAGAUGGGAUACACCAAAUUCAGGGCAUGGAGUAUCAACCAGUGCCUGUCCUCCACAGUAAUCUUCCUCCUGGAACAAAAAUCACUGUACAGGGUAAUAUUGCGUAUCGUCUUGGAGUCCUUCUGCUUAAACCAGAAAAUGUGAAACUGUUGGGGGGUGAAGUGGAUGCUCUUCUGGAGGAGUAUUCUCAGGAAAGAGUCCUUGCUAGAUUAAUUGGAGAAACUGAAAACCCCAACGCUGUUGGACAAGCUGGUCAUGACCAAAUUGUUUCAAGGCCUGUGGAUGAAUUAGAACAAACUCUAGGCCCUUCAGAUGAAGAGCUUUUAGCUAGUCUUGAUGAAAAUAAUGAAUUUACUUUAAAUAACAAAACUACUUUAGAAAGUGGAUACUGCAGUAGAAGCAAAAAUUUUAGUACAGUCUCAAGUUCACUGACUGCCCACAAUGGAAAUGUCCUGCUACAGGAAUCUGGAAGUCCUUUGCCUCAUUCAGAUGAACAAGUUUCACCUCCCAUUGAAUACGGUGAUGGCUUUUUAAAUGACUUCCCUUUAGAAGAUGACUUGCUUCUGGAAGAAGAGGUGCAAAGACAGCUGGAAGAAGUGCCACCAGUGGUCAUGAACAGAGACAUAGGUUUAAUUACUGAGAGACUUCCAUAUACAUCUAGAAGCUCUUGCAAUUCAUCUUUAAAUGGCACUUGCGAAGAUGUGAAUAAAAGAGAUAAACCUGUAGAAGCUACCAGCAAGCAAAAGACUUUUGGAAGAACAGUAUUUGAUGGAGAUAGUAUGAGUAGCUUUUCACAGCACAAGAAUGUACAUCAGACCUGCAAUUCUGCAGAUUUUUCUUCGGAAAAUCCUCCUGAAGAAAGGCAGAAUGAUACAGACCUAGAUGAGAGCAGAUAUAAAUCCCAGAACACUUCUGACAUCUGGCUGUUAAAUGAUGAUCCUGUACUUUUCUCAAAAAUGGAUCCAGAAGCAGAUCAGCAGAAGCAUGAUUCACAGACCUUUCCUUGCAGAGCAGCAGAGGCAUGUUUAGAUUUAGAUUCUCCACCUUUCACGUAUAUUUCCCUUCUCCUGGCAAAAAAAACAGAUACUGUUACAAUUCUGAAAGUUAAGUGUUUUCUUGUUACUCUCACUGGAAACCUCACAAGCAGCAACGGGUCCUGGGGUAUUAAGGCAAAAAUUUCUGAUGGUUCAGCUUAUCUUGAAGUAGAUUUUGCUGAUGAUAUUCUAACAAGUUUGAUUGGCUUUUCAGUGCCUGAAAUGAGUAGGCUGAAAAAGGAUCCAGCUUUGCAUCCAAAGCUUAAGGAUGGUUUAGAGAAAUGUCAAAAGGAACUGAUAGAUCUCUGUUGCUUGAUGACUAUAGAGUUUAAUCCACUUCAGUCUAAAGCCACUGUAUUAAUUCUCCAGGAUGCUGAUGCAAGGCAUCUAGACCAAUUGAAGAAACGUUUGAAUAAAUAAAGGGUGCAAACUUGCAGACUGUAUAUUAGGAAACAUUUGAAGGACUGUUGAAAGUUAAAUUUUAAAGUUAAUUGGUAUGCCUUUUAUCAGGAAAAAUGAUGGAAAAGUGAGAGGAGGAGAUGACUUGUUGGAGUGAAACUUAGCAGUUUGGGUUUUAUGGUGAUAGUAUUGAAAUAAGCUUUCAAAUAUUUCUGUCUUGAUUUAAAAUACUCAUGUAUCAUUUUCAUUCUGCAAAAUCCUCCACGUCCUUGACUGGUGACCUGGAGUAGCAGAAUUUGUCAGGAAAUGGAUAACAAUGAAAAUGGAUAAAAAUGAAAAAAAUUGUUAUAGUUUUUCAAGGAUGAUUACUUACCUGAUUUUUAAAAGGUAGCUAUAGGAGACUAUCAGUCUUUUAUUGGAGGAAAGCAGUUGAGUAAAUUUAAACGCAGAAUUAUUGUUUAAAUGCAGUCACUUCUGACUACGCCAACCUGAAAACUCGAAUACAUAUUCGGUGUGCAAGAACCUGAAGUAUAGAGAAAUUAAAGAUUUACUUCUAAAU